AUGGAAGUCGUAAUCACCUACUACAAGCAUGCCCAGUUACAACGAAUGCCCAUCCGAGCUGGCUUCAUCAACCUUCACGUGAAGUCUCGCGUCAUCGGUUUCUCGAAGUCUGGACUCAAUACCCCACCCCCUUCCAGUGAUGGGGGCCGUCGAAAGAAGCCUAGGGUUCGUUUCAAUCUCGACGACGACCAAGAAGGCUCUGCAACAGUGUCUACUGUAAUGGAAGCACAGGAUCAAGGAAACGUUGAUCUUGGAGACGCCCAAAGUAUCUGCACGGCACUGCAAGGAACGAGCGUCGAAUCCUCUGAAUCAAAAUGCCUAGGCUACCUUGAUAGUUGUGGCAGUGACACUUUCAGGCACAGCUUCUUUGGAAUGGCGGCACCGAGACCGAUGUCAAAAUCAAUCUGUGUAUCGACUGAAGAUAUUCUAAGCUAUCCUCCUGAAACGUCUGCAACACUCGUCGACCAGCUAAGACUUGCACGCAGCUUCGCCAUGGCGGUCUUGAAGUUUCACUCAACACCAUGGCUAACAGAAUAUGUCUCCAUCAGGGACAUCUCGUUCUUCCGGUUCGAUGAUAGAGACCUGUCGAGUUGUAUACGGACUGCGCAUCUGAAUUUUGAUUUUCUUCAGACCUCCCUACGCGACGACUUUCCAAUUCCAACCGAGGAUGAAGGCAAUAGUGGCGCCAUCGAGGAUGCAAAGUUGGCCCACGGAGUCCGUAACCUAACCCUCUGGGGGUUGGGAACAGUCAUGUACGUGCUCCUUGAAAAGAAUUUCGUCUUCCCCGAUGUUCUCGCGACGAUGACCCGACUUUCAAGGGCACUUCCAGAGCUGAAACCCUCACAAAUCACCGAGUGGCAGCUCCAGGCAGUCUUUUCCCUCGAGUCCAUUUUGCAAUCGAUCUGGGUAUCUAACCUUGCAAAGGCUUCAAAUAGGGACGUGGGCGAAACUAGAGUCUCCGGAUGA